AUGGGCACUGCGCCUGGGAUAUUAUUAUUUUUGUUAUUUUUUACACGCGCUUGUGGUCAAAUCACAGAAAUUCAAAGACAUUCUAAAAUUUUUGCAUUUAAUGUGAAUUCAAAUCUUUCAUAUAUUGGACAUGAAUUUCGAAACCAUCGAAUUUCUAAUUUCUCGACAAAGUUCCAAGUCACCCAGUGUGCUAUGGAAUGCCACAGAACGCCUCGAUGUCAAUCAUUUAACUUUGCGUCAAAGACUCGUCAGUGUCAUCUAAAUGACGCGACGCAUCUCGAGUUUCCUCAGGAUCUGACCAAUGAUUCAAGUACGACUGGAUUUGUAUAUUACCCGAAAGACGCAAUUACUAUAAGUCAGGAUGCUGUUGGACCUUGUGGAAACCACCCCUGUAAGAACGACGGACGUUGCUUAGAUACGGUAUCCGCUGUUACGGGAAACAGAACCUACUUCUGCCUGUGUCAGAAUGGGUGGAAAGGAGAUGUCUGUGAUAUUGAAGAGGACAGUUUGGGCUGGGCAACAUGGGCUGAGUGGUCUCAAUGCUCUACUUCUUGUGGCAACGGGUACCAUGUCCGUGAGAGGAAAUGUAAAAACCUGGGUAGUGGCGUGGAUCUUUCUUCAUCUCAGUGCUAUGGCCGUGAUAUCGAAUACAAAGCAUGUCAAUUCAGGAAAUGCCCAAUGUGGGACGAAUGGGGCACCUGGGGAGAUUGCUCCACUCUGAAAACUUGUGGGACAGGCUCCCGUUCACGCUCACGGUCGUGUGGAAAUGGUGGAAAACCCGGCAUUGAUCGUUAUUGUCUCGGACCUGUCAACGAAACAAUGGCAUGCGAUGGAGUUCACUGCAAUGGAAUGGUGCGUCUGAAGAACGGUGUGAAGUUUGGAGAAGGAAGUGUAGAUAUAUUCAACAGCCAUACCAAGAAAUGGUUACAAGUAUGUGGAGAGAAGUGGAAUCAAAAAGCAGCAGACAUAGCAUGCAAACAACGGGGCUUUCUUGGAGCUCAAAUUGUGCGUGGAGCCUGGAGUUUAUGGACUUCCUGGGGAGGAUGUUCCGUCACCUGUGAAAAUGGAACGCGCACGCGCACUCGUGUUUGUAACCAUCCUCCACCUAAUUUCGGCGGUCGAAAGUGUCCUGGAGAUGACAUUGAGUUCAAACCAUGCACGAUGAAAAUGUGUCCAGUGGAUGGCGUUUGGGAGAACUGGUCGACUUGGUCUGACUGUUCCGUAUCCUGUGCCAAUGGGACCAAAUAUCGAACUCGUUCUUGCAUUGGACCAUUCCAUGACGGUCAAAAAUGCACAGGCGAUUACAAAGAAACAACAUCUUGCUUUCCAAAAGAGUGUCCAGUUGAUGGAGUUUGGGAGGAAUGGGCUAAGUGGACUGAUUGUACAGUUACUUGUGGUUACGGCACAAGGAAUCGUUCUCGCUCAUGCAUAGGACCAUUCUAUAAAGGAAAAGAUUGCGUUGGACCAGAGGAUGAAAUUGAAGUGUGCAAUGCAUUCUCUUGUCCAGUGGAUGGUUCGUGGAAAAUGUGGAGUGAAUGGGAUACUUGUUCAGUAUCUUGCGGAGGUGGAAUACAGAAUCGAACGCGAGAAUGCAACAUGCCAAAACACGGUGGAGAUGGAUGUAUAGGGCAUUCUGAGGAAUCAAGAACGUGCAACGAAGAUCCUUGUCCAGUUGAUGGUGUGUGGACGGAUUGGGCAGUUUGGUCGGAUUGUUCCGUGACUUGUGCCAACGGUACACAGUGGCGAAACAGGACAUGUAUAGGUCCUUUGCACGGAGGUAGUAACUGCACAGGAAACAGUACUGAAGAAAGAGUCUGCGUGACUGCAUCCUGUCCAGUUAAUGGUGUUUGGAAACCAUGGACAGAAUGGGAUCAUUGCAAUGUAACAUGUGGCGGAGGAGAAAAGGCCAGAAGAAGAACGUGUAUUGAACCACUCUUUGGCGGAGAUCCAUGCGAAGGACCCGAUGAGGAACGCCAAACGUGCAACAACUUUGAGUGUCCAAUUGAUGGAAUUUGGGAAGCUUGGAGUACAUGGACGAAUUGCAGUCGUCGUUGUGGUACCGGAGAACAGACAAGAUCCCGGAGUUGUACGGGUCCUUUUUAUAAUGGCACCGACUGUCAAGGAGAUUGGAACCAAACAAAAUUAUGCAACACUCAUUCUUGUGCAGUCGAUGGUUUCUGGCACGAGUGGUCCAACUGGACCUCCUGUAAUGUCUCUUGCGGAGGUGGAUCUAUUUGGCGCAGACGCCGUUGCGAGCAACCUGUGUUUGGAGGCAAAAACUGUUCUGGGCCUUCUUUAGAAAUGCAGAAUUGCAACACCUUCCCAUGUCCAGUUGAUGGUGUUUUUAAGACUUGGUCAAAUUGGUCCGAAUGUACCUUGACAUGUGGGAAUGGCACACAGUUUAGAAAUAGGUCGUGUGAGGGUCCUUAUUUUGGAGGGCAAAACUGUACCGGUGAAUGGGCCCAAGUGAAAGAUUGUAAUACAUUUCCUUGUCCAGUUGAUGGGUUUUGGCAAAACUGGUCAAAUUGGUCGGAUUGUUCUCAAUCUUGUGGUCGAGGUUUCAUGGUUCGUACGCGAAUUUGUGAAGAGCCUCAACACGGUGGUGCAGAGUGCAUUGGUCCAUCCAAUGAAACAGCCGUGUGUUAUCCAUCAAGCUGUCCUGUGGAUGGAAUAUGGAAUACUUGGCAAGAAUGGUCACAAUGUGACGUAUCUUGCGGUUUGGGUACACAGUCUAGGAACCGUACUUGUGACGGACCUUACUAUGGUGGCCAGAACUGCACAGGAGCAGAUGAAGAAAGUCAAGAAUGCUUUCCAAAGGAAUGCCCAGUGGAUGGGCUCUUCACCGAAUGGACAACCUGGACGAACUGUCCCGUUUCAUGUGGUGGGUCAGUGCGAAACAGGAGUCGAAUCUGCAUAGGUCCAUUCUUUGGUGGCAAGGAUUGUAUUGGACCGAGGAAUAGUAGCGAAACUUGUGGAGACUUUCCUUGUCCAGUUGAUGGAGAGUGGAGUCUAUGGUCAUCCUGGGGCAUCUGUUCAUUAUCUUGUGGAAAAGGGCAAACUCAAAGAUACCGUUACUGUACAGAGAAUAAAUUUGGUGGACAAAAUUGUACAGGAGAGUCCAUACAACUCAAAGAUUGUAACGAUUUCCCAUGCCCUGUUGACGGUGUUUUCAAUCCAUGGUCCAACUGGACAGAAUGUAGCUUGACAUGUGGCACGGGGACACAAUCUAGAAACCGAACGUGUGAUGGUCCAUAUCACAAUGGCCAGGACUGUAUGGGGAAUUUCAGUGAGACUCAAGAAUGUAACACACAUAACUGCCCAGUUGACGGAGUAUUUAUGGAGUGGUCAGCGUGGACGGAUUGUUCUCUGUCCUGUGGAUCAGGGGAACAGAGUCGGUCACGUUCUUGUAUUGGACCUUUCUAUGGAGGAAAUGCUUGCAUGGGGAAUUUUCAAGAAAACAGAACUUGCAAUGAUCAUAAUUGUCCAGUUGAUGGAGUUUGGAAUCCUUGGGGAACUUGGGAAGAUUGUGACGUCACCUGUGGAGGAGGGAAUCAAUCACGUGAGCGCACGUGUUUAGGACCUUUCUAUGGUGGUGCUUCUUGUAACGGUUCUUUGAUCGAUUAUCAGGAGUGUAAUACGUUCCCAUGUCCAGUGGAUGGCCGUUGGCUUUCUUGGGGUGAUUGGGGUUCAUGUAAUGUCACUUGUGGAGGUGGAACACGUGUACGUAAUAGAACAUGUGAUGGACCUUUCUUUAGCGGUAAACCAUGCGAGGGUGAGGAGGAGGACUCAAGCAGCUGCAACACAUUUCCCUGUCCAAUUGAUGGCGUUUGGAAUCCGUGGUCCGUAUGGGAUAACUGUAGCGAAAUUUGUGGUGGAGGGAAUCAGUCUCGAUAUCGCACAUGUGAUGGCCCCUACCACGGCGGCUGGAAUUGUUCCGGAAAUGGUACGGACACCAGGGACUGCAAUACACACCACUGCCCAGUAAAUGGAUUGUUUGGCAACUGGUCGGAGUGGUAUGAAUGUAGUCUGACGUGUGGUGGUGGAGUUCAGUGGAGAAACAGAAGCUGCAUCGGGCCUUUCUACGGGGGAGACAACUGCUCAGGAGCUUUUGAAGAAUCAAACAGUUGUAAUGAACACCCAUGUCCGAUUGAUGGAGAGUGGAUGUCCUGGGGCGACUGGGAUUCAUGCAAUGUCACAUGUGGAGGAGGAACUCAGAAGAGGAACAGGACCUGUGAUGGACCGUAUCAUGGCGGAGCAAACUGUACAGGUUCCAUAGAUGACUACCAGGAAUGUAAUACACAUCCGUGCCCAGUGGAUGGCGUUUGGAAAAACUGGAAUGACUGGGAAAUGUGCAGUUUGUCUUGUGGUACUGGGAUACAGUUCCGCUCCAGGGAGUGUCUUGGUCCGUUUUAUGGAGGCUCAAACUGCACAGGACCGGGCGAAGAGUCUCAAGAAUGCAAUCAACAACCGUGUCCUGUGGACGGCGUGUUUAAGGAGUGGUCGGUUUGGGGGAAUUGUGAUGUUACUUGUGGAGGUGGGUCUCAGCAGCGGAGUCGUACAUGUGACGGUCCCCUUCAUGGGGGUAAGAAUUGCUCUGGGGCAUGGUCAGAGACCCAGGAUUGUAAUACACAAAGUUGUCCAGAGGACGGCGUUUGGUUGACGUGGUCUGUCUGGGGAGAAUGUUCCGUUACGUGUGGUGGUGGUUUACAAUAUAGAAAUAGGACGUGUGACGGACCACGAUACGGUGGCGCGGAGUGUGAAGGGGCGGAUCAGGAACAACAGGAGUGUGGAAAAAAUACUUGUCCAAUCCCUGGGGAUUGGAUGUCCUGGUCGGGUUGGUCCAGAUGCAGCGCCACCUGUGGCACAGGAAUAAGAUGGCGAACACGAGAAUGCAAUACGACUUCAUAUGGUGAUCUCACUGCACCAUGCGAAGGAACAAGCAAUGGCACGGAGGACUGCAACAUUUUCCCGUGCAGGCCUUUUGCUUCCACAUGUAGUCAACUACGUGAGUGGGGAAUGGUAGAAAGUGGCAUGGUUCAAUUAAAACCCGAACGAAAAGACAAAUGGUCUGGGAAACCUGAACUACAACCAGUAUGGCUGAAUUGUGAUAUGGAAUCAGAGGGUGGAGUCGGUUUGACCGUGAUAGGACAUGACCGAGAAUCACGUACCAGAGUAUUUGGAUUCGAAGGUGCAGGAGAGUACAUAGCGAAAUUGAACUAUAGUAUAUCCAUUGACCACGUGAUUGCAAUCAUUGAUGCUUCAGAAUACUGCAAACAAUAUCUAAGAUGGGAAUGCAAAGGCUCUGUUAUACACAAUCCUCAUCAAAUGGAUUCUUGGACAACGUUUUGGACAAAUCGAAGUAGUGAGUUCAGUAACUACGAAAUCCCGUCUUCUUACUUUGCUGGAGCCAAGCCAGGAAGUGGAAAUUGCGCAUGCGGUGACACUAAAUCAUGCGCAAAUGCAUCUUUACCAUGUAAUUGUGACAGUAACGAUCUCCAAUGGCGGUCAGAUGAGGGUUACAUAACAUACAAGGAUGACUUACCCAUUCUCGCUUUUCGCGCAGGAGACACCGGAAAUGAACCUGUGGAGCAGGGAGCGCAUACAAUAGGGCGUGUUCGUUGUCAGGGCGUGGCGUAGGAAAUAGCGGCAAUAACAGCUUCAUGCGCGCAUUUCCUGUCUUUAAUCUUUUCAGUUAUCAUCAAUACUAGUAUACACUAUUAUGAAAUAGGUUGUAUCAAUUGAAUUUCACUUUUGACGACGAGUAUCUGUUUGCUAUAAUACAGGUGAUCAAGAGACAGAGCGGGGCUAUCAUACAAUCGGCGCACUUCAGUGUUUUGGGGUGUGAAUGUAAGGUGUUUUGUCUUGUACGCCUUUAGCUUUCAGAUAGACAAAGUAGCAAUGCUUCUGCUUAUGUCUCUUGUUUUGUGUUCGUCAGUUACGUCUUUUAUAUUGUAUAUCAAGUUGACCAAUCACUGAGUCCGUUGAAUUAUUUGCACCAAAAAAAAUUAACUCAGUGUAGAUAAUCUGUCUCCACUUUCUGUAAAUUUAUCCAAGUGGACAGUUCAAACUAGCUUAACAUUUGUAAUCAGAUUAGAGCGUAAUUACACUUGACGUUGAAUAAUUUUAUAAAAACAGUUACAAUUUUUUUUUAAACAAAUAAAAACUAAAAUAGUGAUAACGUCAAGAGUCAUUACAAAAACGGACUGAGAAAGUUUGUUAAGUUACAACUUUGUCAUCAUGUUUUUGUUAACCGUCGUUAUAUUUUGUUGCCAAUAAAUGUUGCAAAGCAGAA